GUCCCUCUGUUUUUCCUCUUCUUUUCUCUCGGAAGUCCCAGCCCGGCAGGCAGUCACCACUCCAAAAGGCGGGCACCAAACACCAACCCGAGCACGAGCGCGGAGCGCCCAACCAAAUGGCGCCGCACACCACCGCGGCGGGAGGCGGGGGCGGGGGCGAGGAGGAGGUGUCGGAGGCGGCGGCCGCAUCCCCAGCCGCGCUGCGGCACCGCCACGCGGGCGGCAAGGGCGACGGCGACGGCGACGGGCUGGGCGGCAAUGGCGGCGGCGCUGGGGCCGACGGCGGCGGCCAGGCGGCGGCGUCCGUGGAGCGGGUGUUCGCGGACAAGGCGUUGCCGUCGUGGCGGGAGCAGCUGACGCUGCGGGCGUUCGUCGUCAGCGCGCUGCUCGCCGUCAUGUUCAGCGUCAUCGUCAUGAAGCUCAACCUCACCACGGGGAUCAUCCCUUCCCUCAACGUCUCCGCGGGGCUGCUCGGCUUCUUCUUCGUCCGCAUGUGGACCGCCGCCGUCGAGCGGAUGGGAUUCCUCCGCCAGCCCUUCACCAGGCAGGAGAACACCGUCAUCCAGACCUGCGUCGUCUCCGCCUACGGCAUCGCCUUCAGCGGUGGCUUUGGCAGCUAUCUAUUUGGAAUGAGUGACAAAAUAGCUAAUCAAGCAACAGAGGCUAAAGAUGCUAAUAACAUAAAGGAUCCUCACCUUGGAUGGAUGAUAGGGUUCCUAUUCCUUGUCAGUUUUAUUGGUCUCUUUGCGCUUGUGCCCCUAAGAAAGAUUAUGAUUGUUGACUACAAGCUGACCUAUCCAAGUGGCACAGCCACUGCAUAUCUCAUCAACGGUUUUCACACACCUGAGGGAGCCAAGCUUGCAAAGAAGCAAGUAAAGACGUUGGGCAAGUACUUCGUGUUCAGCUUUUUCUGGGGCCUUUUUCAGUGGUUCUACACUGCAGGGGAUGAGUGUGGAUUCAAAAAUUUCCCAACAUUGGGCCUUGAAGCUUAUAACAAUAGGUUCUACUUUGACUUCUCUCCUACGUACGUUGGAGUUGGCAUGAUCUGCCCGUACAUCGUUAAUGUGUCUGUUCUACUGGGUGGUAUUCUCUCAUGGGGUGUAAUGUGGCCUCUCAUUGCCAAGAAGAAGGGGAGUUGGUACCCGGCUAACCUCGAAGACUCAAGUCUACAUGGGCUGCAGGCUUACAGGGUUUUCAUUUCCAUUGCUUUGAUCCUUGGGGAUGGUUUAUACAACUUCAUUAAGGUGCUGAUCCGCACAAUUGCGGGCUUCAUAUCAAUGGUGCAGCAAAAUUCAAAAAUCAUGCUUCCUGUUUCAGACAAUGGCAGUUCCAUGUCCAGUACCGAAGCUGUAUCCUUUGACGAUGAACGUCGCAUUGAGAUUUUUCUGAAAGAUCAAAUUCCCAAGUCAGUUGCAUAUGGGGGCUAUGUUGCAGUUGCCGCAAUAUCUAUCGGCACCCUUCCUCAGAUCUUCCCGCAGCUUAAGUGGUACUACAUUUUGGUUGCCUAUGUCGUGGCACCUGUCCUGGCCUUCUGCAACGCUUAUGGAAGUGGCCUCACUGAUUGGUCUCUCGCCUCCACCUACGGCAAGCUCGCCAUCUUCGUGUUCGGUGCAUGGGCCGGGCUCUCGCAAGGUGGCGUGCUCGUUGGGCUCGCUGCUUGUGGUGUCAUGAUGAGCAUCGUGUCGACCGCCUCAGACCUGAUGCAAGACUUCAAGACUGGGUACCUGACACUGGCGUCACCGAGGUCUAUGUUCAUCAGCCAGGUGAUCGGCACCGGGAUGGGGUGUGUUAUCGGCCCCUGCGUCUUCUGGCUCUUCUACAAGGCGUUCGGUGACAUUGGCGAGAGUGGCACCGAGUACCCGGCACCCUACGCCAUCGUGUACCGCAACAUGGCCAUCCUCGGCGUGGAUGGCUUCCGCUCCCUCCCGGAAAACUGCCUCACCCUCUGCUACAUUUUCUUUGCGGCAGCGAUCGUCAUCAACCUUGUGAGGGACCUGACCCCACAGAGGGUGUCGAGGUUCAUCCCGCUGCCAAUGGCGAUGGCAAUCCCGUUCUACAUCGGAUCCUACUUCGCCAUCGACAUGUUUCUGGGCUGCGUGAUCCUCUUCGUGUGGGAGCAGCUGAACAAGGCGAAAGCGGACGCGUUUGGACCUGCGGUCGCGUCGGGACUGAUCUGCGGAGAUGGCAUCUGGACCCUGCCGCAGUCCAUUCUGGCCCUCGCCAAGGUGCAGCCUCCCAUUUGCAUGAAGUUUUUGUCCAGAUCGACCAAUGCCAAGGUGGACAGCUUCCUCGGGUUGUCAUGAUUUUACAUAGAAUGGCAAGUAGGCACGCCUUCAUCCUGUAAUUAUUGGUGUAAAAUGUAGAAGAGAAGAGGUUUGCUGUGGAGUGAUCAAAGCUUUGUCCGUGUAGUCUGUAAGAGGAAAGGCUUUACUCAAUGUCCCUCUGCCUUUUUUUGGUUCAAUCCAUGACUAGGGUAUUUCACGGUUAUAUAGGUUUUUUUGGAAUGUGAAACGUUCAAAUUUGCACGAA